CCCUCCCACACUCCUCCCUCCCUCCCUCCCUCCCCCCGCGGUGAUGCAGUGCGCGGAUAUGGUUACACUGUGUGUGUGAAGUGAGUCAGUGACAGUGGGGGCCGGAGUGGGAGCAGCGCUCAACAACAGCUGAAGCCCGUCCGUACACAAGGGGUGAGCGUGUCCUCAGCACAGCACCGCCGUCGGCUACUGUGAGACCAACACAGCGCCGUUGACAACCGCCUCCGAAGAAAUAACGUUGGCGAAAAAAAUAAUUCAGAAAAAAAGUUGGACAAAUACUAAAAGACGUCAGAUGAGAAGGGGGAGAUGCCAGCACUGGGUAAGUUAUGAAGAGCCCUGCCGUAGUACCCAGCUAGAUCUCACUCUCUUUUGAAGAAGAUGUGUCCUAGAAUGGCAACCACCGUCUACUGCCCUCAAUGUAAUGGACCCAGAGAAGUGACUAUGUUACCAUGGUGACUCUGUUAAUGCAAGGUCUGGGAAACGAGGACUUGGAUUAUGGUAUACAUCACAUUUUCAACACAGAACUGCGCAGUCCAAAGAAGAUGAGUAAAGGGCCCACUCUCCUCUCGUGUGGAAUUAUGGAGGGUGAUCGGUGGAAAGACCUCAACAGGAAGUGUCAAAUUGACCUUGAGCAAACUACCAGUAAUCUGGAUCCACCUUGGACUUGUUUGACUGGCUCAGAUGAGUAUCAGGAGAAUGCAGUCUGGCCAAGUGAUGCAAGUACAACGUCUGCUGUGACCAGUUUGAUCAAAGACCUCAGCCUCAGUGACUGUAGCAGCAACCCAUCGGCACCUCCCAGCAAGCGGCAGUGCAGGUCGCUCUCAUUUUCAGAUGAGCUCUCCAGCUGUCGAUCCCCCUGGAAACCUAGUGGGUCAAAGGUGUGGACUCCAGUAGAUAAACGACGCUGCCACAGUGGGAGCAGCGUGCAACAUUUUUCGAACGGGGUGUCUACAAUGCAGAGGAGUUCCAGUUUUAGUCUGCCUUCAAGAUCCAACGUCUCAUCUUUUCCAUGGGAACCCUUGGCAACCAGCAAGAGAUCAGCGUGCCCUCGGGGUCAGGGCUUCUGGACCCCGCCCGCUUGUGGAAGGCUUGAGGAUGACUUGCACCCCGAUUCCAGUUUGGGCGUGGCAUCCAGGGUCGAUCUGCUGCGGCCCCUUUCCGCGUCUCACGAGCAGAUAUCUGUGCUGGAGCACGGCAAGCCGUCCACUAAUGCAGCAACAGCCCCAGUCUCAGACCACGCGCAGCAGGCCAGCCGCCUACUCCGAUGCAGGUCCCAGCCGUGCGUCCACAACGAUCAGAAAGUUGGGAUGAAGCGACGGCGCCCGGAAGAACAAAGGCCGUCCCUUGACCUUGCCAAGAUGACUCAGAUGAGGAAUCUCAUUGGCGAGAAAGGGAACAGUUUUGCCACAUUGGAUACCCCUGAAUCACUCCACAGUCAGAACCUCAGGAACUUUCACAGCCCCAACUCUGUGGGCAGCCCCGACAAUGACAGCUGCGUUUGGGAGCCGAACGCAAGUAACGGAAAGACGUGGACACCCUGCCUUUACGACUCUUCCCCCCAGCCGGGCGCCACCCCCACCUGCAGUCCCGAACCACGGCAUCAUGGCGACUUAGAGAAGCCCUCCACCAGCAACGGGGAAACCAGCAGCAAGGAAAUGCAAGCGUUUGGAACUGGGAAGCAAAGCUGUGAGAGAGACGAGAAUGAUAAAGACUCGUGGAGGAGUGGGGAGGUGGCACAGGAUGUAUUUCAGCUGGAUGGUGAAUUGGACAUUGAGCAAAUAGAAAACAACUAGGCUAUCAGGUUCUAGAGUGCUUGAGCAGGUCAUCUAUACAGUUUGGUGCAUUUUUU